CAUCAAAGGCCUGGAGCUAUCACUCAACACCUCAGUGAUUGUGUUGCAUUUUGUAUCUCUCGUUCUCGAUUUUUGCAUAAUAUAAACUGACUAUAUUAUAAAAUAAGAUAAUUAAAAUUUCAUCACAGGGUUUUGACCGCCAGUACAUGGUGGAGGAGCCGUGGAAAUGUGUAUAAUGUAUAAUAAUGUGACACUAAUGUCAAUGCAAAUUCCAUUCAACACGAUGAUGAGCUCAAGUUUCUGGAGCAUUUUACAGACAUCCUAUUUUAGCACUUCGUCAGUCGCAAAUAAGAUUGUUCCGAAAAACUUAAAAGGUCGAAAGACAAGCGCCUCAGAUUGGUUGACUAGACAGCUGAAUGACCCCUAUGUUAAGCUUGCCAAAUUCAGGCAAUUCAGAGCUCGAAGUGCCUUCAAGUUGUUAGAGAUAAAUGAGAAGCACAAUAUCUUAAAACCUGGACAAGUGGUGCUGGAGUGUGGAGCAGCCCCAGGUGCCUGGACUCAGGUAGCUGUCUCGGGAGUUAAUAGCCUACCUCAAGGUUGAGUAUUCCUAAGUAUAUAUAUAUA